GUGAAAUUAUGUGUGUUGACUUUUUUCUUGUUAGCUACUUCUGUGCCUUCACUGAUGGCUGAUCACAUUAACGAUGACAAUGAGUUGUUGGUCUUGCCAAGUCAAACUGAUAAGCUUGAGAAGGAAGUCAUACCAGCUGCUCUUGCUCAACUGUUUUUCACUCGCUAUGGUCAAGCAUAUAUGAAGAGGUUAGGGUUCUGUCUCAAUGUAAGGGUUUGUAGUUCUGAUGCGGAUUGUGAGGGUGCAAUAUGUGGACCUAAAUGUCGCCCAAGCCUAGGUCUGGGACAUGUUUGUGGACAAUAAUGAACUCGUCAUCAAGCAGCAAAUUAUAUAUCCAUAAUAAGCAAGUGAUAUUUUACAUUUAGGCCGGCCUUCAUGUCACGCGUAAAUGUAAAAUUAAAUAUGAAUGUUGUUUUCACCUAUUUCUGUAUUCUCUAAUAAAAGUGUGAUCGAUCUGUAGGCCAUAGAUGAACAGCAUAUUUACUUGAUUUCUGUGGUCGAUAGGCUUUUCACAUUUCCGGUUGUACUUUAUGAGGUGCAUGUGUUUGCAUCUUUUGAAUCGUCUUUCUCUAAUUUUGUGUCAAAUAAAAGUGAAUGUUGUGUACUCCCUUUGUUUUCAUAAUGAAUGUCACCAUUUAACUUUUUACGUUUGAUCCUAAUUAUCUAUUACUCCGUAAUAUAUCGAAG